CUCCUCACUUACUUCUCUGUUUUGCAUUGAACUCACCUUUUUAAAAUUCAUCAACGGCGAGUUUGUAAUUGUGUAUAUAUAUACGGAAACCCACUGCUUCUUAUCGCUGCGGAUUUUUCUAAGAAAUUUCGAUUGCCUUAUUUAUUUAACGGCGUCAAGAAAAAUAUUCAGCCCAAUCUUCUCUUGCCGUUGAAUAAAAGAAAAUACUCCGUACCAUUCUUUGUGUGUUGAAGGCUUGAAGGAUGAAGUCUUUUGGUUGCUUUUCAGUUCUGUUAUUCAUUGCUGGAACAGCUUUCACAUGCAAGCUUGCACAUUCCACCAUUGGAACCGUCUUUUUAAUUCCAGGUGCUAUGGCCUUACCAUUGCAGGGGAAUAACAUUAUGGACACAACCAUUGACAUGAAGAUGAAGGAUUCGAGAAAUGUAAGAAGUCGGGAUGGAGACAGAAUGCGUGUGGAUGACUAUGGUCCAAUGGAUCCAGUACCAAGUUCAUCAAAAGCAUCAGUAAAACCAGGACCAAUACAACAUGGCGCACCUCUCUUGCCUUAUAUUCCUAGUCCAUCCCCGCCACCGGGUGGUUCGGGAAAUGUUGAUCAUCCUUAGCUGUAACAUAUCUGCCUUUGUAAUGUUGCUGGGCAGGCCUUAUGACUACCCUCAUCUAUUCAUUCACUACAUAUAUUUAAUUUAUAUAUUUGGACCACGCUUUUGAUUUGUUCAAACUACAUACUCCGGGACUGCAACAAUUACUUCAAAG